AUGGAUACAGAUUGGACAUUUGACAGCUGCUCCUUGAGGACGGAGGUGGAUGAUGCUGCAUCAAAGGAUGCAUGCACAAGUUCGAAUUGGACAAGGGAGGAGGACAAGGCGUUCGAGAAUGCUCUGGCAACCUACUAUAAUGAUGUCGAUAUGUGGGAUAAGAUUGCAUUGGCAGUUCCUGGAAAAACAAUUGAAGAUCUAAAACUUCACUAUGAAGUCUUGCGUCGUGAUGUGGAGGCCAUUGAGUCUGGCAAGGUACCUUUGUCUGUUAAUCUGACUAAAGCUAGUACUCUGAAAGAAAAGAAAAAGUCAGAGCAAGCGCAACGAGGGGAUCCUUGGACAGAAGAGGAACACAGGUAA